AUGCAAGAGUCACAUUCCUGUAUUUCAGGCCCCGUGAGCAACCAGCUGGAGGAUUUGCUCACUCAAGCACAGCCUUUGGAUGCGGAACCGCUGAAGACAAUGGGCAGGAGGAACAACUCCUCAGCGUUAGUGAUGACUGUAGGUAAGAGCCCAGUUCUCACCUGCUCUUUCAACGGAAAUAUAGCUCUGCUUAUAUGGACAAUAGCCCCCAAGGCUGGAGGCCUGUGCACCUUGGUACACAGGGCUGAUAAGAACGAGACACACAGAACAACCUGCAGUGACAACAUAAACUUGAUAUUCAGAGAAGAUCUGCCUCCUGCCCUUGAGAUACGGCAAGUGGGACUAGCCCAGGAGGGAAAUUACAGCUGUGAAGCAGCAACAACAGAAGGGAAUUUCCACACAAGGUACCACCUGACCAUGCUGGCCCCCCCGAGGCUGAGCCUGUCCUGUGACGAGCAGGGCAGCCCCGUGUGCGAGGCAGCGGCGGGGAAGCCACCGGCUCAGCUCUCCUGGGCCCCAGAGGGCAGCUCCACUGCAGAGGAGAAGUGCCACGACAACGGGACAGUGACUGUUCUCAGCAAGUUCACAGCAUGUAGCACCAGUGUCAGCAGUGUGAUCACCUGCAUGGUGUCCCACCCAGCUGGGAACUGGAGCCAGUCCAUAGCCUGCUGUCCCUCAGAGAAGACUGGAUUCUUUCUUCCCUGUGUCAUCAGCCUUAUCGGCCUUAUGAGUCUCCUGUUCUUGCUGGCUGCUUUUGAGCUUUACAUCUUCUUUAAUAGUGCACUAUUCACUGAAUCUUUCUUCCCAAAGAAGACAGUCCUGUAUGUUCCUUUCUUCCCAAAGGAACAUCCAGAGAAUGAAAGCACAGAUCACAUAAGCCUGAAAGAGAAGUCUGUGUACCAGAAAGAUGAAAAAGAUGAAGAGCUGUGA